AUGGAACUGGAACCAAAAAAUGUUUCUGAGCUUGAUCUGAAAGCAGUCUCCGGCUUCAAUGGACAAGUGCAUUUUGGCAUGAGGCUUCAUCCGGACAAAGAGCACCUUAUCUAUCCUCUUGGGUCCACCAUUGUCCUAGUACGAAUCAAAGACGAUAAGAGGCAAUUCUUGCACGGUCAUACCAGUGACAUUUCCUGCCUCUCCAUGUCCAAAAGUGGGGUUUAUAUUGCCUCAGGACAGGUCAAUUACAAUGACUUGGAGGCUGAGAUAAUCGUCUGGGACUAUGCGAAGCGAUGCAUGUAUACGGAAUUUGUGAUCCACGAUUCCAAGGUGGAGGCACUGGCCUUUUCUCCUAAUGACAAGUAUCUGGUGUCCCUCGGGGGUCAGGAUGAUGGGAGGAUACUCCUGUGGAACCUUAAUACCAAACAGGCUGUCUGUUCAGCUCCAGCAAUGCCUUUGAGUUUAUGUCACCGCCUCACUGUCAAGUACUCGAACACAAACGACAACCUAUUUGUCAGUGCUGGCAGGGCAACCUUGCAGAUCUGGGAGUUGGAUCAGUUCAACAAAAUCAAACCUACAGACUGCAAGAUGCGCAAAUUAAAGAGGACGGUGAAAUGCGUAGAGUUCUCACCAGACGAUGAGUUCUUUUACUGUGGCACAACCACCGGAGACAUCUUAAAAAUUAACACCAAAGCAAAGUCUUUGAAUGACUUUGGUCCAGUGAAAACUAAACACAAUCUGGGGGCUAAUGUUCUUAAAGUGUUAGCUACGGGAGAACUACUUGUUGGUUCUGGAUUUGGCACUUUGACACUGUGCUCCCCCAUUACCUUCAAAGCUAUCAAACACGUGCAGAUGAACAACGGGGUGACCUCCAUCGCUCUCAAAGAUGACGGGCGCCACUUUUUCGCUGGCACGGACGCAUCAGAGAUCUACUGCCUCGAUCUGCUUGACUUCAAAGCUGAGCUCAUCUCCACCAAUCACCAUGGUGCCGUCUUCGACGUCUCCAUCGCUUUUGGGUCCUCAGACUUGUUUGUUACGGGCUCAGAAGAAGCUAUCAGGGUGUGGCAUAAAGACAAAUCCAAACAGCUGCUGAGAAUCUCAGAACCCUGCCUUUCCUGUAAUUCGGUGCACCUGAUGAUUGACGGACACAGCAUUGUUUCAGGAUGGAACGAUGGAAAAAUUCGCAUAUUUGCCCCGCAGAGUGGUCGCCUCAUGCUAAUCAUUCACAAUGCACAUCGAAAUGGCGUGUCAGCCAUUAAAGGAUCUACGGACUGCAAGAAGAUUGUCAGUGGGGGGCAGGAGGGGACGGUGUGUGUUUGGGAGCUGCUGAAGCACGGACAACGCCGUCUUGCUUUCCUGACAGAGCACAAAGCCACUGUUAGGUGUGUCCAGAUCACGAAAGAUGACAAGGAAAGUGUCACUGCCAGCAUGGAUGGGACAUGCAUUAUCUGGGACAUUGUGAAAUUUGUGCGAAUUCGGAAGGUAAUAUCCCAAAACUCGUCAUUCAAGAGCGUCUGCUACCACCCUGACGAACACCAGAUUAUCACCAGUGGCACCGACAGGAAGAUCGUCUACUGGGACGUGCAUGACGGGACAAAAAUCAGAGAGCUCCAGGGGACGCAGACGUCGGCCAUCAACUGCAUGCACGUCUCCCAUGACGGCAGAUAUUUUGUGACAGGUGGCGAUGACAAAUUGGUGAGGGUGUGGGAUUACAUGGAGGGUGUGAUCACCCAUGUAGGAAAAGCUCAUGGUGGAGGAAUCACCAGUGUUGAGAUCUGCUGCAACAACAGCACCCUCAUCAGCACCAGCGCGGACGGUGCCAUCAUGCGCUGGAAAUUUCCUCACCCACUCUUGGAAUGA